AUACAGAGACGGACAACCAUUCACUCUCACAUUCACACCUACGGUCAAUUUAGAGUCUCCAAUGAACCUGACCCCAUUCUGCAUGUGUUUGGACUGUGGGAGGAAGCCGGAGAACCCGGAAAGAACCCACGCAUGCACGGGGACAACAUGCAAACUCCACACAGAAAGGCCCUGGUUGGUUUGAACCGGGGAUUCAAACCCAGAACCUUCUUGCUGUGAGGCGACAGUGCCAACCACUACACCACCGUGCAGGCCCGACAGAUUAAUCCAUCAUGUAAAAUAAUCGUUACUUUAGCAGCCUUGGGACCCUCUCUCCCUUUGACAAUGUUCAAAGUGCACAUCUUGGUAAUACAUCUUUAAGAGCUCAUUUGACUUUGUAAGCCCAUAGUCAUGUAAAAUGUAUGAAAUGAUAUUGGUCAAAUCAGCUGAUUGACUCGCAGCAUUCUACGCUGACGUGCCUCCAAAGUUGUCAGACACAAGUGCAUCUGGCACAACCGGUCCUCUCUGCACAACAAACUGCAGAGUGGAUGUGUGGACGAGGCAGAGGAGGCGCACUGUGGCUUUAAGUGGCAACACCUCCCCGAGCAGUCACUCGAUCCUGGAUGAGUUUCGACGCCGCGCACGUCGAGGUGCACACCACGGACGGCCUGCGCAGCAGCGACAGCGUGGCGUGAACCCCCCCCCCCCCCCCCUUUGUUGGCCGCCUCGCGUCUGCUCUUUUGGACCGAUGUGACCGCGGGAGGAUUGUGAGGAGCUGCAGGCACGAGCUGAGCUGCGGGCGCAGUUGGUGUUUCACCGGGAGCAUCCAUCUACAGGCAGGACAUGGAUUACUGGUGUCCGCCUUCGCCGCGUUGGAUCUAGUCGUGCCACCGCACAGCCGCGGCGCCUCCGCUCGUCUCUCCCCGGCGUCGGUGCGUCAAGAAGACCGGUGGAUCCUGUUUCCUGUGUCCACCUCUGCCACCCCCCUCCUCCUUCGUCCGCCUGUCACCUUUAUGGGGAACCAGGUGGAGAAACUUACGCACUUGAGUUACGCAGAGGUGCCGACGGCGGACCCCAAUGGGUUCGACCCGGGCGACGACGGGCCGCGCAUCGGCGUCUCCUACAUCUUCUCCAACGACGACGACCAGGACGACCAGGACGACACCCCGGAGCGCUUCUCGUCGGAGGGCCGCGGCGGGGUCAGCGGCGAGGAGAAGCCGUUCGACCCGCAGGACGAGCUGACGUGCGCGGUCUUCUACCGAGAGGAGAGCGUCUUCGAGAGGAGCGGCGGCGGCGGCGGCGCGGCGGCGCACACGGCGGAGAGUCUGCUGAACAAGUGCCGACCGGGCGACCUGCUGGAGUUCGUGGCCACCGGACAGUAUCCGCACUGGGCCGUGUACGUCGGCAACUUCCAGGUGGUGCACAUGCACCGGGCGGAGAUAAAGAACAACUUCCUCACGGACGUGAGCCAGGGCAAGAAGGGCCGGAUAGUGAACGGCCUCUACAGGUACCGCGCGCUCCCGCCGGACGUGGUCGUGCGCAACGCGCUGGACUACGUGGGCUCCAGAGACCAGGAGCUGUACUGGAGGAACUCCGAGUGCUUCGCCGCCUGGUGCCGCUUUGGCAAGCGGGAGUUCAAAAUCGGAGGCGAGAUCCGGAUCGGGAAGCAGCCGUACAGGCUGAAGCUGCUGUUUUCCGAGAAGCAGAGUCACGUGCUGGAGUUCCAGAGCCUGGAGGACGUGAUCAUGGAGAAGAGGAGGAACGACCAGAUUGGCAAAGACGCAGUGAUGCAGGAGCUGGCCAACCACCUGAACGCCACGCACGACACCAAAGAGGAGGGGGGCUUCGUCAAAUGAUGGGUCCUCGACGCUCCUCCGGCCGUCCGGGGUGGCAGUGCUCGACCUUUAGUGGACAGUCCGGUUUCGUGCUGACAAACAGGGAGCAUGGUGUGUGUUGUUGGUGAGGGAAUAUUCAUGACUCCAACUGUAAGACAGCAAAGAGCUUUGACCACGAGCCUGUGCGCGCCACGCUCCAAGACAGAUGUCCAUGCGCAAAAGGAGAUACAAGUCAUCUUUAAAAAACAAAAAGAAAAGAAUCUGGGGGAGGGGGGACACCUACUAUAUUCUUAAGUGCAUUAGCGUAACAUAUCACAAAUGUCAAAACAAAAUCUCCACUAUAAUUUGCAUUGAAACCGUGGGGAAAAGUAAAAAAGCCCCACUGAUGGAACUUCCAUCCUCUUUGGAAGACGAGUGAGGUUUCACACACUCAACCCGAGAUGGAGUGACCACGACGGAUACGUUUGGAGCUGCAGGCUGAUCUUUGUGUGGGGGGGAUGAAGUCAGAAGAAUUAAAUUGUCCAUCAUUAUCUUUUCUAAUCCAAACGAGUCUUUGCACAUGAGGAGCGACACCUCUCCUCUCCAGUGAGCCUCUGAUGGAGAGAGAGAGAGAGAGAGAGCUGAAAGCGCUUUGCUCCUGUACAACUCAGGUGUUGGAGACUGAAACAGAGUGGAAGAGACAUGACUGUAGCUUUUUCUUACUGUGUGUGUGUGUGUGUGUGUGUGUGUGUGUGUGUGUGUGUGUGUGUGUGUGUGUGUGUGUGUGUGUGUGUGUGUGUGUGUGUGUGUGUGUGUGUGUGUGUGUGUGUGUGUGUGUGUGUCAACCUUGAGGAUUCCUUUUAGGCUUCAUGUCUGAUCAUCACACCGCUCUCUACCCACGACUAUUCGCUGGACACAGUUCACAGCUAUAUUGCUUCAUCCCUUUCAACAGUUUAUUUUUUUGGGGGGCGGGGGGGGGGCGGAAAAAAAUAUGUUUGUAUGAAGGAAAAUGGAAAUAAAUCUAUAUUUGAACAGUUAAA